CAUCCGUCGGUUUUCUGUACGAGAAGUUUUUUGCGGCACCAAACGUUUUGACGUUGGAGCAGCAUUUUUCGGUUUUCCUACUUCUCACGGCCGCACCGUUUAGUCGCCGCGCCGCGCAAUCGCGAUGGUCGCUUCUCUACUUUAUUGUAUUUCUCUCAAGCUGUUUUAAGAUUAAUCGCAACGUCAGCAGCCAAACAUUCUUAUCGCGUCUCAAUUUUUUCUAUUUGCAUUCCUGAGAGGUAUGAAAUGUUAGCGACGUAGUUGUGAGGUGUGUCCUUUCAUCAAGUUUGUCUACUAGAAUCCCUUGCUCAGUGAAUUAGCAAACACUAAACUAGCAAACGAUUUCCAGUUCUUAGGCAGAAGAAGAAAAAAACUUCAUAAUCUGACCUUUGCACAUCUUUACCCGCUGGAGUUUGGAUUCUUUUCCUGGAUUAACAUUUGCUGUCAACAAUCGAACUAAUUUUUUUAAAAAAUGUAAAAAUCUUCCUACUUUUUUACGAGUUUUAGAAAAAUUGACUUAACUUGUCGACGACUUGGAAGUUCAUUUUUGUCGUUAAUAGUGCAGUCUAGUCUAAUUACAUGAUGCCUCUAUUCAGUGCAAAGAAGAAGAAGGAAGAUUUCAGAAAUAACCACACAAAUGGGAAUGGUUCCUCGGCUCCAAAUUCUCCUGGAACUCCAGAGAGAUCAAACACUCCGAAUAACUUAUACCAGAAUGGACAGGUUAGUCCAGCAACUCCUGACCAAGUGCGAGAACUUCCGGUUCAUAAGCCGAAAUUAGUUUUUCACUGUCAACAAGCCCAGGGAAGCCCUACUGGAAUAAUAUCGGGUUUCACAAAUAUUAAGGAGUUGUAUCAGAAAAUUUCAGAAUGCUAUGAUUUCCCAGUGUCUGAUAUUCUUUUCUGCACAUUGAAUACUCAUAAAGUAGACAUGUCGAAACUUCUUGGAGGUCAGAUUGGCUUGGAUGAUUUUAUCUUCGUCCAUCGCAAAGGUCAAGCCAAAGAAGUUGAAAUCACAAAGAAUGAAGACGCUUUGGGAUUAACCAUAACGGAUAAUGGAGCCGGCUAUGCUUUCAUCAAAAGAGUCAAAGAAGGAAGUCUCAUACAUGGACUUGGAUUCAUUCAGGUCGGAGAUCACAUAGAAAAAAUCAAUGAUGUGUCAAUGGUUGGAUGUCGACAUUUUGAAGUGGCCAAACAAUUAAAAGAUAUUCCUAAAGGAGCUACCUUCACAUUAAGGCUGAUUGAACCUCUGAGGGCUGGAUUUUCUCACAUAGGCCCACGAAGUGGAACAGUCUCUGGUGGAAGUAAUAAAAAAGGAAGCUUUGGCACAGGUAAAGAAACUCUACGACUUAGAGCUAAAGGCCCUGCAACUAUAGAAAAAGCACCAAAUGAUGUUGUGCAAGCAGCAGUUGAAAAAAUCAACAGCCUUCUCGAAUCGUUCAUGGGAAUAAAUGAUUCUGAGUUAGCUACCCAAAUAUGGGACCUUGGAAAAGAUAAAGCUAAUCCUCAUGACUUCGUUACUGCUAUCGACAGCUCGGAUUUGGAAGCAUUUGGUUUCACGGAUGAUUUUGUGUUUGAUCUCUGGGGUGCUAUAAGUGAUGCAAAAACUGGACGAUUGAAGAAGGACUCUCACAAAACCCCUAUGUAAUAUUGCGACUUAUUUAGAUAACACAAAUUUGGAGAGCUACUUUUUUAUACAUAUUGCAAAAUCAUAUAUUUAAAACUAAAGAUUUAAGUGAUACAAUAAAUGUUGCCAUUAAGUAAUAUUUUCAUUUUAGGUUUUCAGUAUUAUAUGAUGUGUAGUGUAGCUAAGGGACAUAAUUUGUAUUAUUGUCCUACUUAUUAGUACUUUCUAAACAUUUUUAUUAUUGUUUGUUUUAAAACUGGACCACAAUUGCCAACCCGUCCUUGUCUAUGACUACCUGGUCGUCUACUCCACUAGCUACAUCACUGAAAUGAUUUAAUAAAAAUAAAAGCUUUUUUUUCAAUGUGCAUACUUUUAAGAUAUUUCUUUAUUUAAUGCUUGUAAAUAUUAUAUAUGAAUCCUUAUGUUUUAGGAUUUUAAGGGAUAUAUUCAAUUUUAUGAAUGUCCCUUAGUUUACUUCCCUUAUUACUAUUUUUGAAUUAUAUCUGCACUUAGUAAUAGCAGAUAAAACUGGAAUGUCUGUUUCUUUUCUUUUUUUGUGAUUUUUAUUUCACAGUAACCACAAAACUAUUAUGUAUUCAAUUGCAUUAUCAGCAUACGGAACUGUAAUACCUGAUAUUUUGUAAAUCUGUUUUUCCUGAAUACAACUAUAUAAUGUACAUAUUGAAUCAGAAAGGUGUUGGAUUCGUUCAUGAAGUUGAGUCUACCUAACUAUAUGCAAUGCAGAUCUAAAAUAUGUUCAUUAAUUUUUCUCUUACAACAAAGCAUUUGAGGGCAAAUGCAUGAUUUCGAUUUAAAAGUGUAAUUGUGGGACAAAUACUACUCAGCAGAUUAAAGACAAUAAUUUAAGAUUAGCCAUAGCGCAAGAUGCUAAGGCAUGCGAUUUUCAUUUAUAUGAAAACUGCUUAUGAAAUUAAUUACUAUUCUUAAUGCUAAAGAUUUAUUAGAGUCGUAAGUUCCUUGCUAUAAAAGCAAAACAUUUCUUUUCAAAUACCCAGGCUUAUAUCAUUAAUUGCAACAUUUCUUUGUCCUUGAAGCUGUGCUUGCAGAAAAUGGAAAUUUUGAAAUUAAUUCUGUGUUUCUCAAACUGCUCCUAUAUGAUCAUGUGCCAAGUUAUUGAGAACUUAUCUUGUAAUACACCAGAAUUUUUUUCAGAAAAAUGUAAAACAGUGAAAUGCAUGCAAUUCAUAUGUAAUUAAUGGCAAAAGAGCGCUGAAUGUAUAGCACAUUAACCUACGUACAAUAAAGGGUCAAAAUUUCAAA